UGGAUUAAGGUGAGCUAUGGAGCACUAAUAGUGCCGAUAUAUCGCCUUUUAAUGCCUAAUUUCGUCCGCUUCGGAUUGCAUUUACCAGUUUAAAACCCUAAGCUCAUGGCGUCCCCAGAACCUGACGACCAUCCUCCAAUAGAGCACCUAUGCUCCAUUUGCCUCAACGAGUUUGUUGAGCCAAAGAUCACACCCUGUGGUCAUACAUUUUGCAAAGAGUGUCUUCAGAAGUAUGUUGACAACCUCACCGCAGAAGAUGGAACGCCCUUGGAGUUAGAAUGUCCCUUUUGCAAGCAACCUCUGGCGAUUCCAGAUGGGGUGGACAGCCUCGCAACUAAUCGUUCGACGGUCGAUAUCAUCAAUGCUCACAAAAGGAGUGAUGAAAGUCGAAGGAAUCUCGAAACACAUAAAUGCGAUAUUUGUGAGGGGCCUAUUUCCACUUUGGCUUCCCUGGCGUGUGAUGCACAGGAAUGUGCCGGCGAUGGACUUCGCUUUUGUGAGCCAUGCGCCCGUGAACAUGUUAGUGAAUAUAACUGUGGUCAUAACAUUUGUGGUUUAUGCAAGUCGCAUGGAAAACCAAUGAGACAUUUCUGCACAGCGAUUGGUUGCAACGAACCAAUUUGCCAUAACUGUCGUGGGGUCGAACAUUCGGGCCAUGACGUGCAGCUUUAUUGUGAUGUCAUAGCAACAGAAGUGGAAAAUCUAGAAUCGGACUUAAAAGCAGGAAGGCAAAAAAUUACGCAGCUAGAUGCGCAAUCUUUAUCACUUUGCAGUAAAGAAAGGGACAGUACAUCAAGUGUCGAAGAACUCAACUCCAAUUUAAAAAAGGGUAUUGACCUCGCAAUCAAAAGGAACAAACAGGUCAUUAGGGAUGACGAGGCUGAAAUUCAAUUGCGAGAUCGACGGAUCCGUGAAUACACCGACCAAAACAAGAGGCUUAACGUAAUUAAAGGAAGCCUGCCUCGGAGGAUCGAAGGUGAACUCAGCAACAAGAUGGCGGCGAUCGAAUCUAGCUUGUCCGAGAUGGAAUUCGUUAAAGAACAGAUCACAAACUUGCUCCGGCGUGGCAAGGAGUUAAUCACUGAACGAGUUCUACAGAAGUCCAGCCUGCGUGAUGAUAUGAGAUUGACAUCUAAGCACUUGCGUGACAAAAUAAAGACUGCUGAAAGAGACUGGGUGACACCACAUCUAAAGAGCAAGAACUUUGAUGUCGAGGGAGUGAACGAACUUUUACAAGACUUAGUGGAUGACGUAAAUCUUCAACGAGAACGUAUCACAGCGAUGGCAUGUGCUGGUUUGGAAUAUUAUAGUACUGACCACAAUGCGAUUCCAGCUGAAACAUACGAGUUUGGCUGUCUGGAAAUUCCAAACAGUGAUUGCGAAUGCGAUGACGAUAAAACUAAGACUUGUCUGGUAGAAGUAAAGAGUGUUGUACUCAUGUCCAAAUGUCGCUUGGCUGUGUGUUGUGUCACAGGUGCUGCAGGUGUUAGGAAAAACAUGAAAAAGAAACAAAAUGUAUGGCUAUGGGAUAACUACACGACUACGGCCACACGACCCAAGUUAUUAAUCAGUGAUGAUGCCAUGGUGGAGUACGAAUACAUGACCAAAGGGGGCGAAAAUGAACUCGUACUUUUACGCAGGAAAAACCCGGUUAUCACAAUUUUGAAUGCUGAUGUUAAAACUAAAGUUCGCAGACUGCAUGUGGAAUUGCCAGAACAUGCUAUUAGAGAGCUCUGGCAGGUAGAUGUUGAUAGUGAUGGUCAUUUCUUGCUCUCCUACUUUACAAGUGGUAACCAUACCUUGGCAUUGGUUGAUAACAGUGGGGACUCUUUAAAGGUAGUAUGUAACUUUGGCGUUCAGAAUUGUGAUCAGAUCUCGUUCUCACGGUUGACACGAGAGGUGGUCACGUGUUCGUUUUAUGAUGACAUGAUUAGCGUUUACGGUAUCGAUGGCAAAGACAUCAACAAACGUCUGUCCAAGAACGCAUCAUCUCCUCACGGAGUAGGACAGUUGGUAUGUACCGACAUAUGCGUUGGAUCCUUGGGAGAUAUUUUCGUUGUUGGGAGGAUAAAGGGAGACCCUGUUCUCAAGGGGGUGUACAAGAUUAUCCUCUCUGACGACUCGAGGGAAGUGGAGAGUUAUGAGGAGCUUUAUCAGAUGAGAAGUCAAUCCGAUCCCAGGUGUUCAGUGCAUAACAAUCGCCUGGUUGUAUCUGACGGUCACCAACUUAGACUAUUAUACUUACGAUAGGAAGCAGUUUGUGACAAAUGAUCGACACGAGAUGGUGAAUAGGCCGACAUUAGCGGGAAUUCUGUGGGUAAACAUUGUUCCAAUGUAUCUUAAGAUGACCCCCUGAAGUCAUAUCAGGAAAGAGGUCUAUUUUUGUUCACCUUUUUACCAGUGUCUACCAAGUGCUUAGUCGAAUUUUCAUACAUUCUGUAAUUUUAUUAUCUGUAUAGAAUUUUUAUUUAUAUGUAUGAUUUUAAAUGUUAUCGACAGCUUUCAGUUGUCUUUCAAAGAAGAAUAUAAGUUGGGACUUAUUCUCUAAAUGAGUGGUGGGGGUAGGGCAUUAUUUUUUUUUUUUAUGUUCUACACCGCGCCAUUGUUAACAUAUCAGAAAGUACGUUAAUUUAUGUUAAUUUAUUCUGUCCUAUUUUGAUGAUUUAUUACAAAAUAUAUUUCGUCUACAUGUAGUGACGGGUUUUUUUUAAAGUUUAUUUUUAGUUAGUAUUUUUAUCUCUGUUAAGCUUUUUUCACUGAGCCAGUCUAACGUUUCUGAGUGUUUCGGUUUCUGAGUGAUUCCCUGAUUUUUGGGAAACACCCUUUUUUGGAAACACUAAAAGACAGAUUAUCUCCAGUUUUUCAUUAUUUGGCUGUCUAUUGUAUGGAAACACUGCAAUAUGAGGGACAACCAAAGACGUUACACCGGGUUAUAUGAUUCACGUUGUCAUUGUCUCUUGCCAUGAGCAUGUUUGUUACUGACCUGAGCUUGGAAACUUCGCUAACAUAUUGACAUAUAUAAUUUGUUAACAGAUUUGAAAGUAUAUUAAUCUAUUCUGAACGCGUGAGCCUUUUUGAUAAUUUAUUAGGAAGUAUGUGUAUCUAUUUGUCUCUGCAUCACAAUUGACAUCCCUUAUUCUCGUCAGUGGCGCGUCAUGGCACGCUACCCAGCUCGAAAGUCACGUGUAAUACACGCCAAACAUGGAGAUAAGUACGUCACUGGUGCGUCAUUGGGACGUAUACGUUGGCGUAACUGACGUAAACACGGAAGGAUGUCAAUUGUGACUUUGACUGUAUAUUAAGAAUAAACUGCUUUAAGCAAAUAUUUUGGUUAUUAUGACCAAAUAAAAGAAAACUGUAUCUACAUUUGUAUUCAAGAUAAACUGCUUUUAAGCAAAUAAAAUAUU